CCGAAGAGGCGUGAAUGUUUUGCUAACAGACUAUCGCUAUGCUUUGUGCACAAUCAAAUCGUCGUUUCGCGAGCUUUUGAUUUCUCUGUUAUUUUACGGAUUUUAGGCUGCCAAUCAUUAAAGAUGUUGCUCGUACUUGAAGAUGAGCAUAAGGAGCACCUUAAUUUUCUGGUGUCGGUGAAUGUAGAAGUUGUUCAGGAGUUUUGUCGGAUUGCCAUGGAGUUCAUCCGGAAAGGCAUCAACCACAAAAUGUACCUGAUUGCUGCACAGAAGCUCAAAGUUGAUGCAGAAACAGUCCAGCAUGGUGUUGAGGGACUGAUGUAUCUGAUGUCUGAAAGUGCCAAGUUAAUGGUUACAGAGAUCGACUUUCAAGACUCCAUCUUGACCUUGGGUUUCUCCGAAGAGCUGAAGCAGGAACUGCUGAGAUUGUACCUUGACAACCGCAAGGAGAUUCGAACCAUCCAAUCAGAGAUGGCCAUGGACCUACCUCAUUACCAUAAUCUUGAAUGGCGUCUGGAUGUUGAGCUUGCCAGUCGCUCACUCCACCACCAGACUUCUCCCUCCAUCCUCCUCAAGCUACACACGGAGGAGUCGGGGAGCAAGACCACACAACUCCUGGAGACAGAUCCAUCCAACCUGCUGCACAUGACGCAGUGUCUAGAGAGCGCCCUCGCUGAAGUCAAAAGCCAACAUUGCCGGAGAAUAAUGAGGAAUAUUAAUAAAUGAAACAACCAUGAACGACGGAAAUAACCUUGAAAGAAUUCCAUGACAGUAUAAUAGAUUUUUAUAUGAAUUUUUGGUUUUAUUUUUUUGUAAUGGCAGUGCUGUAUGAUUGUCCCUGCUCACUGCAAAUUUACAGUGCUAUAAAAAAAUACAUAAAAACUUCCAAUUUUCUCCCACAUUAGGUAAACACAGGAUUCAAAAUAUUACUGUUUUCACGAAACCUGAAAAAGAAAGUUCUUAAGACACGAGUGUAUUUUAUUCUUGAUUUUUAACCCAUAUUUGCAUACCAGAUAACGGCGUGUGUUGUCUGUAAUCUUCUUUUAAGUGAUUCCACUAAACACAACUUCAUUAUUCAUCUAAAAUAUUCUAAUUGCCAACUUUAACUAAGGCAAGGCUAACUUGCCAUUAUGCCAUUUUUGUAUACAGAAUUUUGAGCUGUAAUGCACAAAUACUUGCUUUCUAUCACGCACAUAUACCACAAUGCUAAGUGUCAUACAACUGACACUUAAUGGUCUUGCACAUUAAACUGUCUACUGCGUUGACAUGUUUAACACAAGCACUAAUCCUAAACCGUCUAACAUCAACUCGUUAUCUAACCCCCGAUAAAUGGUCAUCGAAUUCAUUGUUGAAUAUUGAUGUAUAUUUGCAAAAAUAAAUUUCAUAAGCAAAACUCUUUUUUUGUGUUUUAUAUUAUGUCAUUAAAUGACUGAAUUUCUAUGAACA